CAUUCCACUUACUUAGCAACUAAACCUAACUGCUUUUUAAUCAAUUGUAAUCAAAACACACACUUUUUACGUUAAGAUUUAAACAUGUCGUACCCAAUUAAAUAUUUGUCACUACAAAAAGCUGAGCUUGAAUAUGAGGUGAUCCUUAGAGGUGGUUCAACUGGUUCGGUGCAGGACCUCCGAAGCCAGAUAGUAAAAUUGGCCAUACCUCCUGAGGACAUUUUGGAAUCACAUUUAGAGCCUGCCAACGACCUUGAUGCUGUUAAAGACAGUCUAACAAAAUCCCAAACGAUGCUAGCAUCCCUCAAAUCUAAAUUUGAUAAGACCCUGUUCUUGCGUACCGAAAAUCUACUACACCACAUAUAUCACAGAUUAAGGCGUAUCUCAAACGUUAGUGCCACGUUAGUUGACCAGCACAAAAAUUAUUGCACUACCUUUAACAACCAAUACAAAGAAAUUACGACGUUGAGGCCGGCAUCAACCUCAAAUGCAAAUGCAGUCUCAGUUUUGGAACCUGAAGCUACGGCGGUACUCCACUGUGAUCGUAACCUGACUUCUGACUUGGCAAAACUAAAGUACUCUGGAAAAGCCUGCGUUUUUUCUUUCAUUCAAAGAGUUGAAGAAUUCGUAGAGGUUAGGAAUAUAUCAAAGGAUCGUGUAUUGAAGUUUGCCUACGAGAUUUUCACUGAUGACGCAUUACACUGGUUCCGUUGCAAUAAAGAAAGUUUUCAAAGCUGGGACGAUGUCGUCGUCCUAUUAAAAAAAGACUUUAGUCCAAAGAAUUACGACUAUCGCCUGACUAAUGAAAUAAAAUAUCGUACGCAAGGGGAACAAGAAAACAUUUCUAUUUACUUGUCUAUUAUGCAUGGCAUGUUUUCGCGAUUGGUUAAACCGUUGUCUGAGGAAGAAAAACUCGAAAUUAUCUUACAUAACAUCCGGCCAUGUUAUGCCAGCACCCUAGCCGCUUCACCUGAGAUCAAGGACCUAAAGACAUUAAAAACCCUUUGCACAAACUAUGAGGACAUUCAGUCACGCUUAUCCUUGUUUCAUGAACCGCCUAGGGUGACUUCUGAGACUCUAGCCCCAGAAUUUGCCUACACUAAAUAUCAUAAAAAUAAUAUCUACUACACAAAUAAGAACUACCAAAAUACAAAUUCAAAUGAAAAACAGAAAAACUACUAUAAUCAAAACAAAUAUCCUAACUACUCGAGCUCUUACAACUACAACAAAUCUAAAACUACAGAGGAAAAGCCUACUACUACUAAUGCUGUACAAGCGACAGCAAACAGUACAAAAAAUGUCAACACUGCUAGUAACUCGCGUAAGUACUGUCCUAGGUGUCGCACUGAUACACACUCUUUGAAAGAAUGCAAACAGCCACACUUCCCUAUCUGUUUUAAAUGUGGUAAUAAAGGUGUACGCUAUCCUGAUUGUAAAUCCUGUAAUCCUAAAGAUGCAAAAAACUAAAUUCAGUGGAUUGUAGUGUACAUAAUCUUUCUAAAAAAUCUAGUGAAAACUUUAGUGAUUCAGAGUGGAAAUCUUGGCUCAACUUCAUAUCUAAAUUUUUCACUUGCUAUUCAGUCACUGCAAUCCACGAUUCAGAUAAUAUACAUAACAGACCGUAUGUCUCAGUUCAGAUUAAUGGUAAAACUAUCCAUGGUUUGUUAGAUACGGGUAGUGGUUAUACAAUUCUAGGUAAUAACUAUCAUAAAGUUUUCUUGGAUGCGGGUUUCAAGCUCAACAGUACGGAUACGAUAAAUUUAUUCGCAGCUGGCAGGCAUAGACUAAACAAUAUUGGUAUGAUCAAUCUGCCUGUCUCGUUCUUAGAUCAAACCCACAUCUUGAAGGCCUACGUCGUACCAGAAGUCGAAAACUCCUUGAUAUUAGGCAUGGACUUCUGGAGAAUUUUCGAAUUGUUUCCUAAAAAACUAGAUUCCGUAAUUUUACCUAGGGAUGUUGAUAAAUUAGCCUCUCUAUCACUAGACCCUCAACCUACACACUUAUGUGACUAUGAUCAUCUUUCGCCUGAGCAAAAAGUUACGGCUGAUCAUAUCACUGCGCAGUUUCGUAACAUUUCAUAUGAAGAACGUGGUCUAGGCCGCACUUCUCUAAUUGCUCACAAUAUAGAUACCGGUAAUGCUGUUCCUGUUCGACAAAGAUACUACAGAAUGUCUCCUGAAAAACAAAGAAUACUAAACACUCAGCUUGAUGAAAUGUUGCGUGAAAACGUGGUAGAACCUUGCGAGAGCCCUUGGUCGUCCCCUGUUCUGUUGACACCUAAAAAAAAUGGCGAAAUGAGAUUCUGCUUAGAUAGCCGUAAAUUGAAUGCAGUUACCAUCAAGGAUGCUUACAGUAUUCCAUACAUUUCUGAGAUACUCGACAAUCUGCGUGACGCUAAAUAUCUCUCUAGUUUAGACUUGUCAAAGAGUUUUUGGCAAAUUCCUAUUAAGGAAGAAGACCGGUGUAAAACGGCGUUUUAUAUUCCUUCGCGUGGUACCUUUCAGUUUGUUUCUAUGCCCUUUGGCUUAACCAAUG